AUGUGCGGCCGCUACGUCCUCGCCAUGCGCCCGUCGCAGGUGCGCCAACACUUAGAGGAGCAUAACAUGCCAACGGAUGAAGCACCCAGCGACGAGGAUGGCCAGCUGCGCCAAAGCUACAACUUCGCCCCAGGCUACCACGGGCUAAUCUACCGCGCCGCCACCAAUGACCGCGGCACAAACGCCACCCCACGGGAGGACAGCACUCAAACCGAGCAGCAGUCCUCGCCCAGAGCCGCUCCCUCCUCUCAAGCGACAACCACGUCCGUAGACGGCCUGGCGACACGCGAGACAAAGUACAAACUGCAAGCGGCCAAAUGGGGCCUCAUCCCCUUCUGGACCAAGCGCUCGCCCGACUACGGCAGCAUGCUGCGCACCAUCAACUGCCGCGACGACAGCCUGAUCGAGAACCGCGGCAUGUGGAACACGAUGAAGCAGCGCAAGCGGUGCAUCGUCGUCGCCGAGGGCUUCUACGAGUGGCUGAAGAAGAACGGGGGCAAGGAGAAGAUUCCGCAUUUCGUGAAGCGGAAGGAUGGGCGCUUAAUGUGCCUGGCGGGACUGUGGGAUUGCGUGCAGUACGAGGACACCGAGGAGAAGCUGUAUACGUACACCAUCAUUACCACGGAUUCGAAUCGGCAGCUGAGGUUCUUGCAUGAUCGGAUGCCGGUCCUUUUGGAGGCGGGUUCGGAGCAGAUGGCCAAGUGGUUGGAUCCUGGCAAUGUGGGGUGGAAUAAGGAAUUGCAGGAUAUGUUGAAACCGUUCAGUGGCGAGCUGGAGUGCUACCCGGUGGACCAGGCGGUGGGCAAGGUCGGGAACAACAGCCCGAGCUUCGUCAUCCCGGUCGACAGCAAGGCGAACAAGAAGAACAUUGCCAACUUCUUCGACAAUCAAAAGGCGUCGCCCAAGAAGGGUAGUCCAAUCAAGGUGGAUAAGCAGGAGGAUCGCGCGACGGCGGUAAAAGUCGAGGAUAUCGAAUCGAAUGCUCCCUUGCCAAAGCCAAGGGGCCAAACGGAUGAGCAGCUUUCCCAGGCCAUCAAAGAAGAAGGCGAGGAGCUUGAUGACUCGGCUUUGCUGAAGGCGGAGGAUGAAGAGAAUGAAAAGGGCAUCAAACGGAAGAUGUCCGAGAUCAAAGACGAGGAUCUAUUGGAGGCGGAGAGCAGUCCAGCGAAGAAGGCUGCAAAGCCUAGUUCAUCGCCUAUCAAGCCCGCUCGCAGUUCGACGAGAAGCGCAACAUCGAACGCUACAGUCCCCAAGACACCGACGAAAGCGGGUGGGAACGCGAAGAUUACCAGCUUCUUCGGAAAGUGA